UUGAUGUUAUCAUUGGCUUUAUAUUUUGUGUUUUAUCGACUAAUGCUGUUGGAUUUUGUCUUGGUUUGUCUUAUCUUUAGGCACCUGCUAAUUGCUUUUGGUGGACUGGCGGGGUUGGAGGAGUGUAUAGAAGAAGACAAUAACUUAAAGGGGAAAAGUGCGAAGGAGGUAUUUGAUUUAUAUUUGAAUACAUGUCCACAUCAAGGAAGCAGGACAAUUCGAACAGAGGAAGCCAUCUUGAUUUCUCUGCAAUACUUACAAGAGCCAGUCAACAGUGUUUUGCAGAAGAUUUAGUACCUUGGACAUUAACAAUCACCUGAAGAACCCUGGAUACAUAAUAAGUCUUCUAUAUGGCCUGUUCUAUGCUCAGAUAUUUCAAAGCGAGGAAAUCACGAGUUAUUGCAGUUGGUGGUGGCUCUUCCUGGUUUUUAGGGAACUCGAUGUGCUUGCACUAUGAGCUGAAUUGACCAGACUCUAUGUACUCUUCUGCCGGUGCUGCUGAAUCAAAAUUCUUCCCUCCAAAUUUCCAACUUUUUGCGAACAUCAAGUUGGACAGCCUUCAAGUUUUGUUACUUGUCCUGACCAUAGUUCACAUUUAUCUGAUAGUUUCUUCUUCUGUUUCCCUUUUCUGUACUCCAUUUUUGACAUAAAAGUAACAAAUGGUAGGUGGAACAUGAUUAUGAUUUGAAGUUUGAACUUUGGAGUUUGGUAGGCUGGGUUUCAGUUGAACUGAUUGACCUCUUUUUAUUUUGUGCCUCUAGUGUUAUAAAUCUACCUCAUGAUGGGUUGAGUUCCA